AUAUUUUUUUUGACGAUCUGGUAACUUUUAUAGAACAUAAGUUGGAUAACUACAGCUUUUACUUGGAAAUAUGUUUAAUGGUGGCCCCUGCAACGAUAUACCCGGACCAAUAUUGGUGUAACACUGUACUGUCUGAAAACAUAACUCGGGCUCAGGAAGAACGACAGAUAAUUUUUAUGGAGGUUGUCUGAUUUCUACACUCCACCGUUUGAAAUCUAUGGACAUUAGCUGAUAGUUGUGGACAAUGCGUUGGUUCAGUAAACGACGCAGCUAUGCGCUUCCCGAGACUAGCCUGCCCGGAAGUAAACAGAAGCUCGAUGUUGUUGACAUCCGACAGUAGUUGUGCAUCGCUACUUUCAAACAUUAAGGAAGAACCCAGGUUCUAAUAGCUAACCUCUUUGUGCAGAGUAUAACUUUUACUCCACCAAAAUGUCAAAACAAAAUUUGUUUAGAGAAUUUAUCCGUGAGAGACUAACAACUGCAGCUUUGGAGAUUUUCGCGGCCGUUGAAAAAACGUUUGCUGAGUUCCAAGAAGAAAUCCAUAAUUCCAAGGAGGAGAGCGCGCGGCUCAAACAAUUGUUGGACAUUGUUACUCCACCGGAGAUCAAUAUACAACGAACAAAAGUGCAGCAGCUCUCUCUCCCGGAGCCCCAACAGAUAAAAGAGGAACAGGAGCUGUGGACCAGUCAGGAGGAAGAGCAGCACCAAGGACUGCAGUCUGAAACUACAGACUCCAUAUUCACUUCUCUCAGUGUGGAACAUUAUUCUGAUGAGGAGGGUUCCUUUGAAUGUUCAAAUGUUGACCAGACUGUUAAAGUGGAGGACAGAGAAGGAGACUCUCUUCUUAUCAACACAACUGAGGAGCAAAUCAAAGUACAGCCUCAUGUACAAGACUCUGCUGCACCAGAACCAAGCGGUGACUCACAGCCCCUCUCUGUUGUAGCUCCAGACUGUCCUGCAGCUCAGAGUUUGGAGGAGGAACAUGGAGGAGUGCUGCUUUUACAGAACAGAACACAAAACAAUGAGGCUCUUCCAAGGGACAAUAGACCACAGGGAAGUCACAGAGUAAAAACAAGACAUCAGUGUCAACAAUGUAACAGAACUUUUACAUCUGAAUCUCAUUUGAUUUCGCACAUGAGAACACACACAGGAGAGAAACCUUUUCAGUGUCAACAAUGUAAAAAAAGAUUUUCUCUCAAAGGUAAUCUUCUUAAACACAUGACAAGACACACAGGAGAGAAACCUUUUCAGUGUCAACAAUGUAACAAAUGCUUUUCUCUCAAAGGUAAUCUUCUUCAACACAUAAGAACACACACUGGAGAGAGACCUUUUCAGUGUCAACAAUGUAACAAACGAUUUUCUUACAAAAAUACUCUUGUAAGUCACAUGAAAAGACACACAGGCGAGAAUCCUUUUCAGUGUCAACAAUGUAACAAAAUAUUUGCUCUCAAAGGUAAUCUUGUUCGUCACAUGAAAAAACACACAGGAGAGAAACAACAGUGUGAAUGAUUUAAUGUUUUACGCCAGAAGACCAGUUUGGUUUAUCUAAUGAGAAAUUAUGUGUUUGAAUUGAUUUCCUGUCCAGUGGGUAUUUAUAUGCUUUGUUUCCUCCCUUGUUGUAUGUGCUGGUGCCAAGCAAGGAGCACCUUCUACCUUAGAUACCGUUACAGUUUCCACCUUAAAUACUGUUUCCUUCCACCUUUGAUACCGUCACCUUCCUCUUUGGAUUCGAUACCGAUACCAUUAAAUUCGAUACGAUACCUUCACAAUACUUUUUUAGAUAUUUUAUAUUGUGAAAAUCUACCAGCAUUCUCAGCAGGCCACUUUUCUAGAAAUGGUUAUACAUUGGGCAUCGUGAUUCACCGUACAGUUGAAGACUGUCUGGCAGACUGUAAUAUACAGAGGGGGGGGGGCACUUUCCACAGGCCUCCAGGGAAAUAUGUUCCUCCUAUGUUCUCAGUGUAAAAGACUGUUCUGUUCUCCGUUCUGUUCUCCUCUCCAUGUGUUUCUUUGUGCGUGAAAAAAGAUUUGAAAGGUGGAAAAUAAAAAAAAUUCUAAAGGUUUUUAAAGGUUGAAAAAGUUUUUUCUUAAAUAAUCUAUUUUAAAAAUCAACGAAUAAAUAAAAGGUUUUGGGGGGAAAAAAAGUGUGUAAUACAAACAUUUGAA